UAUAUGCUUUUUUACAAGAUUCUGUUAAAACUCUCCAUUUCUCUUUAAGAAAUGUAUAACUGCCUAUCUGCACAAUAAAUACAUGCAGCCAGAUUAAGGAACAUUAUUGCAAGAUCUAAGGGGGAGAUAAGAGAAUAUUAGCUGUAGGGAAUAAUUCUUGAUAUUAGAAAACAGACACAAUAGCAUUAGAGAUUCUGUGAGAAGGACUGACAAUAACUCUGCAUAAGCAUAGGAGAGUGAAAAAUAAGAGACAUUCUUAAUUAAAAUUACAUUUAAAACUUUUUUUGUAACUUCUGCAUAUUGAGGUGUGUGGGGGGGUAGCUUGGCAUUGCAACCUAGCAAUGAGCAACCUUUUGAAUUUUAUAAUCAGUGCUGACAUUCCAGAAUGCUGUAGCAUUAGAGGCAUUUGCUGGAAGUGCAGAAGAUGGCCAUGAGGGUCCUAAAAUUUCAGAAUUUCCAUAGGUUUGCCUUAUUUUGCGUGAAUUUUUUGCAUUUAAAAUAAUGUAAAGCAGGUGUUAAAGAAGGAGUUUAGAUAUGCCUUACACCUGAGUAGUAAAAUAUUAGGAUAUUGUAUGGUUUAUUACUUUUCCAGCUAGAUUUGAUAUCAAAGAGUAGCAUUCUUUUUCUUCACAAUUAAUUGAACAAUAGCUUGCAUAUCAGUGUUAGUUUAGUUUGUAUAGGAGUGGUUGUUACCAGGUAACACAAGGCAAAUGGAAUCAUUGGCCCAUUUUAGCUUGGGCUUUAGAUUUUACCAAUAUAAAAGUAUAUAACUGCCUUUCAGCUGAUACUGAUGACUUCCUAGAUGUGGGAACCUGCUCCUUUGUUUAGUAGAGAUGCUGGGAGGCAGCUUCAUAGACAUAAUUGUUUUGAAAGACUUGUGGACCUGCUUCUUGGUACUGUGGUAUGUCUGCAACACAGAACAGUUAUCUGAAUCCCUUCAGCCUGUUUUUGUCCAGAGUUACCUUGACCAAGGAACACAGAUCUUCUUAAAUAACAGCAUUGAGAAAUCAGGCUGGCUGUUUAUCCAGCUCUAUCACUCUUUUGUGUCCUCAAUUUUUAGCCUCUUUAUGUCUAGAACAUCUAUCAAUGGGCUGCUGGGAAGGGGCUCAAUGUUUGUGUUUUCCCCAGAACAGUUUCAAAGACUGCUUAAAAUAAAUCCAGAAUGGAAAUCCCACAGACUUCUUGAUUUAGGGGCUGGGGAUGGAGAAGUCACUAAAGUCAUGAGUCCUCACUUUGAAGAAAUCUAUGCCACUGAAUUGUCUGAAACUAUGAUAUGGCAGCUUCAGAAGAAGAAAUACAGGGUGCUUGGUAUAAAUGAAUGGCAAAACACAGGAUUUCAGUAUGAUGUUAUCAGCUGUUUGAAUUUGCUGGAUCGCUGUGAUCAACCACUGACUGUAUUAAAAGAUAUUAGAAGUGUACUGGAGCCAACUAGAGGCAGAGUCAUUCUAGCAUUAGUUCUGCCAUUUCACCCAUAUGUGGAAAAUGUAGGUGGCAAGUGGGAAAAGCCCUCAGAAGUUUUGGAAAUCAAAGGGCACACUUGGGAAGAACAGGUGAAUAGCCUGCCAGAAGUUUUCAGUAAAGCUGGUUUUGCCAUAGAGGCUUUCACCAGACUGCCAUACCUAUGUGAAGGUGAUAUGUAUAAUGACUACUAUGUACUAGAUGAUGCUGUCUUCGUCCUCAAGCCAGUGUAAGCGUGUAUGAAGUAAAUCUCCAGAAUCUAACCCCAGAAGCAGCCUCUGAAAGAGGAGUUUGAUUUAUGGUUACUUAAAGGGAGGGAAUUUGGGGAUUGCCAUGCUAAAUAAAUACCAUGUAAGAAAUUUAAAGGCCAAAAUACUAAUGUAUUUCUUUGUAGUGCGAUUAGGAGAAAAAGGUUGUUUUUUUAAACAGACUCUUCAGUUGAGAAUUUCUUUUUUACCAGCUCUUAAACCAACAAUACAUUCUGCAGUCCAGCAGUAAUGGGGGAUAUUUUUUUAUACUUACCUGCAACAGGGAUCAGAUCCAAGCAAAAGCAAUAGUCCUAACAACGAUGAAACUGAUACCAUGUGAACUGUUGUUAAAGAAAUCAAGUGAAAUCUGGCAAUAAAGUUAUCCAUUCAGUUCAAGCCUUGUUGAAUAUAAACUGUUGAAAUGGAUAUUCUUCCAUGCUAAGUUACUUUCUCUCUUACUGUCAUUCUUCACAUGUUUUUAAUCAUGCUAAUAAACUUUUUUUGAGAUGA